CGAAAGAACCAAAGAAAAUAACAGCCUAGUUAUGUGGUUUAGUGGGAAUGAUAAUUAUUGGUAUUCUUGGGUCGAGUGGGUUUUGGUGGGAUUUGGGUUUUAGUGAGAGUCGUAUAUGGUACAGGAGAACAAACCACUUCAAAAUCAGACUUUAGGUUCUCUAGUUAAGAAAAACUGCGUCAAGUCUUGUCAGGCACUCAUUCUUUGGGCCUUUCGGUAAAGUCACGUAGAUAGGUUCAAAGAGAUUAACAAAAACUACGUUUCAAUCGCGUCAGGAUGACGACCGCAUGUGUUGCGAUCGAAACGUAGUUUUGGGGUUUUUUACCUGUCUACGUGACUUUACCGAAAGAACCAAAUAAUAUUUUGUCAGGCAAUUUAUGGAAUUGCCAUAGUCGUUCAGUACUCAGGCCCCUGCUUCGUAAAGCGCCCGCUACAUACGGUUACAGCAUAUCGCGAAGCCACUGAAGCCCCGAGCGUGAAAUUGGGUGGGACGUUCGCUUUGCUGCGACCAUUUAUCACGGUAGCGGUGGUUGGUGAUUGUCGUAUAAAUGUCACAACUUAAUGCGCUGUGCACACAGCCCACAAUGCACUGUCACAUAAAUAAUGUACACCCCCAGUGACGUGGCAGGAGAAGAAGAACUUGUUCAUAAUUAGACGCAUCGCACCCAUUUUAUGUAUCGCGUUCCUCUUGAUGUCUCCGGCCUCUGGGCCCUUUCCCUGCACUGACCCCCACCAUAAUUUGGCUCUUCACCAUUGUAACCCGGAUUUACAAGUGGCUGCAUCUAGACGCUCUAUACAUUACAACAUUUAAAAACGGCAUUGGAUUGGGAACAUGCACUUAAAAUAAAAAAUUAUAUAGCAAAUUUGAUGUCAUAUUUGGUGAGACACCGAAUGUCGAAACCGGUCCAGAGUUUGUCUUCUAAAACCCAAUUCCGCCGAUGGGAUGCGCAUAAAUGUAGAGUUUUAUGGUGUACAGUAAUAGUAAAAUAUGCAUUAGGUUUCUAUGCCGAGGGACAGAUAUGGGAAGGGGGCGUUCUGAGCAGCUUUGCAUUUUGCAACAACAAUGUUCCAAUGCUGUGGCGAUGACCGCUUUGGCGCAGAGUCCGCGUGCAUUUCCAUUGGCGGAGCGCAAGGGGUCACUCAACACGUGGCCAGGCACUGGGCCCGUCAGCAUGCACAGCCCAUGUGCCACUCGCGAGUAAUCGCAGGCCCCACUCUCUCCGUGCCUGUCGCUUACACGAUGCGUCGAACAUUAUUACCGGGUAGGGAAGCUGCCGUGGUGUAAUGGUUAGCAGCACCACUCUACUGGAUUUGCAUUCCAGAGGUCACCGUUUCGAAUCCUCAUCGACGUGGAAGUCAUAAAAAUGGGGGAAGCGCUUAUAAAAUCUUCACUUCCCCACGCUUCUGUCUAUCCAAUGGAAUACUCUGAGGUGAAUCUAUGAUCAAGCCGUCACGUGUGGUUAGGUAAAGUCCCAGUACUCCCACAUCAUCCAUCACAUCUGGUCAUGGCAGUCAACCAAAUAUCAGCUACAGUUCCCUCUAGUGGAAGCCCUUCCACCAGCAGUGGCGUUAGCAGGCAAAUGCAGGGCAGCGCCUUUGCCUUUUACAGCAGUUGUUUCACGUGGAUUAAGAAUGAUAAGAGUGAUGUUUACAAUGACUGUGGCCGUCAUAAUUACUGUGUAUGUUUAAACUCAGCAAGUACACAUUCUGACACGCAAUACAUAAGCACGCGUGUAAGUAAUUACGAUUGCAACUUACUCAAAUUACAUGCAAAUGUUACAUUUCGAGUGAACUGGACUGUAAACAAAAAACAGUAAAGGCGUUGCAUAACACCGCUCGUCCCUUUUGCACAAUGUCACCGACACGAUUCUCGACGGCCACUCGGGGUGCACCGUCUGGCGGACGCAGAGCGCUAUUGCAGCAUAUAUCACACGUGGACUGGGUGGUGCCGACAGGGGCUUCAGGUCACUCAUGCCUUGCCUUAUUUAUUCACGAAUGUGGUUUAGGGAUCAAAUCUCUUCCCGUCCAUGCACAGGCUGGUCCCACCGUCUGUUUCCUUUUCGUAAAGGAUCAACAGAAGAUUAUGCCCGGUGCCGGCGUGAUGCCACCAUGCCUGGCCAUCGCUUCCUUCAUUAUAACAUCCAUAGUGGCUCUUACGUAUGUUUAUUGAACUUCGUUCUGACCGUAUAUAGCCAACUGUGCUGAUCGUUUGAUUAUUCAACACAUUGAAUUACACGUUCAAUAAUCAAACGAUCGGCUUACUUACUAAUCUGUCUACACAUAAAGUAAAAGUAUGUUAUACACAUCCCAUCAGUUAAACAGCAUUUGGGAGUGCAUAAUUUCAACAAAAUUGUUUCAACACAAGCUAGCUCUGGAACAGUUUUGAUAUGCAGUGUCUCAUCAUGCAGGGUCAGGCCUUUCUUAAACCAAAGCUGGUUACUGCCUUCUAUGUUGAUCGCGUUAUUUUUCCUUUGAUUUCAAUUUGGUUGUUUACUUUGAUUUCAGUUUAUAUGCUUUUGCACUUAUUUCUAUUUGAUAGAUUUCUGUACUUUAUGUUUUUGCUUUUUAUUUUUCCCAGGUCACUUGCAAAUUAGGCUCCUCCUGGUGUUCUCAGCUAGCUAAACAAAAUAUACUUGGAACGUUUGGUCAUGUGCAAUGUGUUCAGCAUAAACAAGGAGCGUGGAUGGUCCGCAUUAACGCUCACACACACACAUGCUUGCUUUAAAAGGGAGAGUGGUGAGCGAGAGAGAGGCGGUGGGAAACCACGGAUCUGAGUGGCUGGGAUUUGAAUUUAGGUCACUUCACUCGCAGAGCAUUGGCUGGGGCUCGACGAGCGGCGAACACGCGCGGACACGUGCGGCUUCUUACCCAGCCGGCUCACCCAGCAUCGCAUGCCUUCUUCCCAGGUCGCCUCUGCACAUUAUCGAAUACUACAUAACACGGCCGCCUUGCCAGUCCACUAUUAUAGCAACGCCUCCACCCUGCGCCGUGUCGUUCAUGGGGCUUAUUUGGUCGUUUUUUUUUCAUAAUUUCUGAAUUGAAAUCUCACGACAUUCUUCAUUAACACUGCUUCAUAACAUAACUAAAUAUUGUUUUAAUUGUCCUUAGUUAUAGCCCUGGAGGAGGGCAAUUUCCUGAAACGUUAGUGAAGGUUGCGAGUUCUAUUUUUAUCAAGAUAUUUCACCUGGAUGACCCCUUGAGAUUAAUUUCGUUUGCCAUACUUCACGGACGAGUUGGUGAAGUGUUGAUGGAAAGGGUAGGGGGUGGGGGACAGACAGGCUGCUAUAUCACUCGCCACUGAUGUUGGUUGUGCUCGUGAAUCUAACGCAGGUGACUCUAGGUUUAUGCUUUAUAGUGCAGUGCGCUUACCACUGCUGCCCAGAUGUUCCCCCCACAUUGUAAAGAAGCGGCACGAAUUAGCGUAACGAAGGCAGCGUUCUAUGUAUAGGCAGAGUCUUAAUGCGAGAUCAUCUCAACCAAAUUUAGCUGCGCGGCUUGGCCGCGGCUUUUCCGCGUCACGGUGUGGCCGUGGGGUCGGGGUCACGCGGUGCCGUGCACUGUUCACGAUGAUGAGCGCGGAUGAUGACUGCGAUGACACUGUGGUGGCAGCGGUGCAUAAGCACAAACAAUAACAAUCUCAACGCAUGCACCACAUGUCACGAUGCAUGGUCAUGCAUUAGCGAACACGUGCAAUGCAUGAGCACGGUGCGUAUAGGACGUUCGAGAACUCGAGAGACUCGAAUAGUCUUAUUUCAAGAAUGUUAUUUGUUUUUGGUCACCGAAACCGAAAACAAAUAAAAUAAGGCAGAGCCUCGCAGCCAGAUGAUAGCCGGCUGGAGCCUGUGCUGGUUUACACUGCCACGGCAAUUACGCUCCAAUGGGUAACAAUGUCCCCGUACACCGCCGCGUGUUUACGCGGAGCCACCCACGUAACCGCCUUGACCCUUCUGAGAACCCCCCUCCCCCCCGGUGAAGUGAGGAGGCCACGGUGUAAACGCGCAGCACGGCUUAGGGAACGUGAGCUGCGCUCGCAGCUCACCUCCCAUUGGCGGGGUCGCGUCGUGCCGCCUUCCAGCCCCUCGGUCUCUCAGCCAAUGCGGCGCCGGCCACGGCGAGGGCUCGCUGAGCGGCCAAUGGGCCCGUGCGGGCCCCCUCCAGCCCCCGGCGGUCACGUUGUGGCGAGCGUGUGGCUUUUGAUAGGGGCUCGUGGCAGGCAGCGCCGGCACCAUUCGUGAGCCAGAUGUGCGCACCUGGGAGCUGCUGCCGCUGCUGUCACCGCCACCACAGACCCAGUUGCUGUUCAACAUCACCAGUUUAGUUAUUUAAUAGCGGUGCUGCGCAUCACCUACACGUGUGAUAUAUACAUUCACAUAAGCUUACAAUAAGCAGAUGUGGUCGAGGUUGUGAUUUUAGGGGUUGAUUUGUGUUUUGAGGUUUUAGGUUUUUUUACGUUUGGAGGAGACAUCUGCGCGUGGACGUUAGUUUCUGAUUAGCAAAAAAACCACCCCAUGUGUGGCCCCCCUGCCCCUCCUGCAGGCAGCGGGGAGGCCGCGCAGAAAACCGCGCGGUGCCAGUUCAUCUCCUCCCACUGUGAGUGGCGUCUCUUCCUCCUCCUCCCACUAUCGGAGUGACCACGGCACUCUGCCAGUGGGGACCAGGAGCACGAUGGCCAUCCAUUUACAGACACCCGCGACAAAUAAUUAAAACUCAUUUCACUUGAUAACCAUUGAUAAAGUCAAUAAAAUCCAAGCCAGAGGCGAUUCGUGAUUUUGACUAAAAAAAACAACAAUUGUCUUACCGGCGCGGGUGCCCAGAGGCUAAUCCUGCUCCGAAAGCGGUGCCGACCAUUCCCGAUGGACACGGAGCAGUGCGAGGCGAGCGACGCGAUGGCCAUGCCGGCGGGCACCGCGGGCAACGACCCCUGCCGUCGCGACGACGAACCGUCACAUCCGAGGGACCACGAGGAGGAGCCCGGACCACCGGCCGAUGACGUGGACAUGAAGAGCAACGGCUCGCAGGGGAACGACUCGAGCGGGAACGAUGAGCUCAAUGGCAGCGAGUCGAACGGUACGGGGUCGCAUGAUGGCGCGUCGCGCGGCGCCGGCUCCAGCGGCCGCUCGAGGGGCAGCGGCAAGGACUCUGCGCUGAUGCUGCUCACGUCCGAGAGCAACAAGAGCUCAAAUUCCCAGAGCCCGUCUCCUCCAAGCAGCUCCAAUGCCUUCAGUCUCCUGAGCAGCUCCGAGCAAGACCACCCAUCCACAUCCGGUUGCAGCAGUGAGCAGUCGAUGAAGGCCAAGACACAGAAGGCCCUGCUCAAGACACUCAAGGACUUGAAGGCCCGGCUGCCGCCUGAGCGACGCGUCAAGGGCAAGUCGUCAACGCUGGCGACGCUGCAGUACGCGGUCUCGUGCAUCAAGCAGAUUCGAGCCAACGAGGAGUACUACCAGCUGUGGACGGUGGAUGAUGGGAAAACGGCAACGCUCGACAUCGGCACCUAUACCAUGGAGGAGCUGGAGACGAUCACCUCUGAGUACACACCCAAAAGCACCGACACUUUUGCGAUGGUGGUGUCGCUCAUCUCGGGCCGCAUGAUGUUCUCGUCGGAGCACACAGCCUGGACGCUCGGCUGUCGAAAGGAGCUGCUGUCCGAUGUGAAGUUCGUGGAGAUGCUGGCGCCACAGGACGUGAGCGUCUUCUACAGCGCCACGGCGCCGGGGAAGCUCCCACCAUGGGGCAGCAUGCACGAGGCCGCUGCUGCUGCGUUUGAAUAUCCCCAGGAGAAGCCGUUCUUUUGCCGAAUUCGGGGGGGCGGUAGUAAGGACGAGGCGGUGUACCUGCCGUUCCGGCUCACCCCGUACCUCAUGAAGGUUCGCGAGGGCGAGGACGGCGCCGACGCGGGUGGAGAGCCAUGCUGCUUGGUGCUUGCUGAGCGCGUGCACUCGGGCUACGAAGCGCCACGCAUCCCCCCGGAGAAGCGAAUCUUCACGACGACGCACACGCCGGGCUGCGUCUUCCUGGACGUGGACGAGAGGGCGAUCCCCCUGCUGGGAUACCUGCCCCAGGACCUAGUGGGGACCCCCAUGCUGACGUACAUCCACCCCAACGACCGGCACCUGAUGCUCGCCGUGCACAAGAAGAUCUUGAAGUUUGUGGGGCAGCCAUUCGACCACUCCCCAUUCCGCUUCUGCUCGUACAACGGGGACUAUGUGACCAUCGAUACGAGCUGGUCGAGCUUCGUAAACCCGUGGAGCCGCAAGGUGGCCUUCAUCAUCGGCCGCCACAAAGUCCGCACAGGCCCCCUCAACGAGGACGUGUUUGCGAGCCCCGCGGUCGCGGUGGUUGGCGAAGUGGAGCCGCGGGCUCCGGACUCGGACGUCGCUGACAUCCAGGAGAGGAUCCACAAACUCCUGCUGCAGCCUGUGCACAAUAAUGGCUCGAGCGGCUACGGGAGCCUCAUGGGCAGCAACGGGCAUGACUCGCACGGGCACCGGCUGAGCCUCGCUUCCUCCAGCGAGGGCACCGGCGCUGCACCUGAUGACGGCCACGCCGACAAACCCAUGUCAUUCGCCCAGAUCUGCGUGGACGUGCAGCAGCUGACGAACCCCGGGCGGCAGCAGCAGCAGCGCUUCCCGGAGCCCCUGGGCCGGCAGCAGCAGCAGCAGCUGGGAGCGCAAGUGGGAGAUCAAGGCCGGAUGGUGCUGCCCAAGGCCGUGCUGGAGAUGGGCCAAGAAUGCCCGCGGGCCGGACGCAAGCGCUCAACCAGAGCCGUCACGGAUGAUACCGGCAAGAAGGAGCAGACGGCCAUGCCGUCCUACCAGCAGAUCAACUGCCUCUACUCCAUCAUACGAUACCUGGAGAGCUGCAACGUGCCCAAGGCGGAGAAGCGCAAGUGCCCGGCCUUGUGCGAGGCCUCCUCCUCAACCUCGGACGACGAGAAGCCGGACGUGGCCGCACAGGAUCCGAGCGGAGCCGAGAUGGACCCGGAAGUGAUGGAGGCGGAGCCCGAGAUGGCGGUGGAGCCCGUGGAGCCGGUGGCGCCGCCCGCCAUGGCGACGCCGCCGCCGCCUCCGCCGCCGCUGGCCCCGCUGCCACUGCCCCUGAGCAAGGCGGAGAGCGCCAUGUCGGUGACGAGUCAGUGCAGCUACAGCAGCACCAUCGUUCACGUGGGCGACCGCGACAAAAAGAACCAGCCGCCCGACUCCGAAAUCGCAGCUCUGGAGGACACGCCCAACAUGGGGGGCGGAGACCCUCCCGAGAUGCCCGGCAAGGGGGGCACGGCCCCCCCACCGGAGAAGGAGCGCGAGAGGGAGGAGUACAAGAAGGUGGGCCUCACCAAGGAGGUGCUGUCGGCCCACACGCUCAAGGAGGAGCAGACGUACAUCCAGCGCUUCCUGGCGCGCGACGGCACCACCAACUUCUGGGCGUUCGGCUCCCCGCACCGCUUUUGCCUACCGAGCCAACACCGCGGCCGCUCACGCGACAGAGGCGUCCACGGCCUGUCUCAUCAGAGCUCCAAGGUGAGCGGUCCCACUCUGCGCCGCGCAGGCACCAGCGGCGCCGGCACCGGUGCCGGCACCUCCGGCCGACUCAGCAAAUCGAAGCCCAAGCGAGCGAAGCAGCAGCAGGAGUCGUCAGACAGCGGGCCCGGCUCCACCUACGCGCAGACGCCCUUCCAGCGCCGUGCCACCGCCGGCACCCGGUUCCAGCCGACCGUCGAGCAGGUGGCGGCCUGCAGCCAGAGCUGGUUGCCCUCGGACGAGUGCUUGGGCCCACUGCGCCAGCACGUGGCCUCCCUGCCCCCUCACGUGGCGGUGGGGCCCCCGGGGCUGGGGCCGCAGGGCGUGGGGCUCUACCAGCUGUCGUACCCGCUGCCCGUGCUGCCCGGCUUCCAGCCCGUCUCUGCCGAGGCCCAGUUCCCAGCGACCACCGUGGCGGCAGCAACGGUGCCGCCGUACCUGGCACCCGUGCUCACGUUCAUGAUGCCGCAAAACUACCUCCUGCCCGCCGCCGGCUGCUACCAGGUGGCCGGGUCUGCGCAAGGGCCCGCGCCGGCCGUGUACACUCUGCCGCCGUUUGCGCUGGCCUCCGCGGGGGCGCCAGGGCUGAUCGCCGACCCUUCCCAGGCCUCCGCGGCCACGCCGGCCGCGUCGAUGCCGAUGAUGUCGUCGCUUACAUCGGCGCCGGCUUCCUCGGGGCGGUACCCACAGCACAUCAUCACCACCGGCGUGGAGGAGGAGGAAGAGGAGGAGGCGCCGGGCGUGGACGACGUGGACAUGGGGGAGGCGGCGGAUCUGCUGGCGGCCGUGGAGCCGGCAGCACUUGCAGGAUCGCGGGCUUCCACGCCGGGCGUGCUGGCGGCACCGCUGUCACCCGGCCUGGAGGAGCAGGACUCGGCGCCGUCGCUCUUCGACCAAUCGCGGUGCAGCUCCCCACUGCAGCUCAACCUCCUCAACUUGGACGAGGCGACACCGCGCGCAAAUGAGCGCGCCGAUGGUGGCGCCGGCGCUGAGCAGCAGCCCGGCGAGCAGCAGGAUGCCAGCGAAGAGGGGAACAACAACGACACAAUGUCCACUUCCAGCGACCUCCUGGACCUGCUGCUGCAGGAGGACUCCCACUCGGGCACGGACUCGGCCGCCUCGGGCUCGGGGUCCUCGGGCUCGGGGUCGUCGGGUUCGCGCUCGCUCGGCUCCGCGGGCUCGGGCGGCUCCAACGCCUGCGACACGUCGCGCAGCGGCACAGGCAGCACCAGCAACACCAGCCAGUACUUUGCAAGCAAUGACUCAUCGGAGGUUGACCAGAAAGAGCGCAAGGAGAGGGAGGAGGACAACAAGUUCAAGCAGCUGUUGCUGCAGGACCCCAUCUGGCUGCUCAUGGCCAACACCAACGAGUCAGUCAUGAUGACCUAUCAGCUGCCCUCCCGGGACGUGGAGACCGUUCUCAAGGAGGACCGCGAGAAGCUCAAGGAGAUGCAGAAGCUGCAGCCUCGCUUCACGGAAGCACAGCGCCGGGAGCUGUGUGAGGUGCACCCAUGGCUCAAGAAAGGAGGGCUCCCCGUGGCUAUCAACAUCCAGGUGUGUGAGUGCGGCAGCACCACGAGCACCAAGGCCUCGGCCCCGUUUGACGUGGAGACGCACGAGAUGGACGAUGGUGGGAUGCUCGAACUAGGCGAGGAGGGCUCGGGCGUGGCCCAGCAGGCCGGCACGGUGGCACCCCAGCCCAUGCUGCUGCCCCCGCCGCCGCCAGCUCCGUUUGGCGGCACCGUUUCUGCGGCGAUGCGUGCGGCCCACAAGACCGCGCAGGCCUCUGAGGGCGUUGCCAUGGAGACGGGGGUGUUGAGGAGGGACUGGCAGCAGCGAGGACAAAUUGCGUCACCGGCGAAACGAGCGCAGCAGCAGCAGUCGGAGGCAUCCUCUGAAUUUGCGCGGCCCUCAGCGUGCAAGUAGCGUGGUGGUGCAAGGUGUGAGGCUCGCAGUCUAAACGACUCUGAGGAAUGGUCAAAGUGCAGCUCAGUUUUGACAGAACAAUUCUUACCCGUGCUUUAGAGUGUCACCGUGGUGGACAGUAGCGUAGUGACCUGUGCACCGUUACUGCGUUGGCAGCAAUCUCAUUACGAUCUUCGUGGCUCAUUUGUGGUCGUUCGGCAAGGGCGGCUCGAUAUAAAUCGUGUGCCCAGCUGCUGCCGUGUCAUUGGUGGCGCUGCGCAGACAAAGGUGGAUGUGCCUGUGUGGCGCGGAUUCCCUUGAACGCAGGCAUGCAUUGGGCUGGCCACAGCAGUCGCCCACAAGCAGCGCUACCCACACGGCAAGUAUGUGUCUUUGUGAAUGGGUGUUUGAAUGUGCAUGUACAUGCCCAGGCGAAGAGACCACUGGAUUCAUAUUCCAUAAGCAGCCCAGCACAGGGGUGCACAAUGGUAGGUGUGCGAACUGAUUCAACUCAAACGUAUGUGAUUGCAUUGGCAGCGAUCUAUAAUUACUGGCGAAUUGGAUCUCUUCACUUUCAUCUCCUGUAGCUUUUUUAUUUUAAAAAGGCAGUUGCUAAGCAGAUUCCUGAAUGGAUUUAAUACAAAACAGCCACAGCACAAAGGACUAAACGAGUUGGUGAGCAUCGGCAGGCUCCGUGAGUAGAGUCGGGGUACAGUCUAUGGGUUUGGACUGACACAACAGGAGUAAAUACAAAGGCCGAGACUUGUGUUAUGGCUGCUCGCAAUGCAGAUGAAUGGAGCCAGUCAAGUGAGAAGAUUGACCAAGAAAUAGGUGGAAACAAAGGCAUCUCCACGAUUGAAAAGCAUGGACUGGAGGAUCACUUCAGAACUCGCCCGGAGUGUCCUCGGGUUGUCUACGUUACUCAUGAUAAACCUCCGUGUCUGUCUGACUGCGCUGGACGUUAUCAGGACUGUUUUUGUGCCGAAAUAUCCCCGAGUUACCUCAUUUGUCAUUGCGAACUUGUCUCUGGGAAACAAAAAAAACGAAUUUCAAGCGGACAGAAGACAUAAAACGGCUAGCGGUCUGGGGGCCACGGGGAACCCAUGAACUAGAACAAGAUCUGCUGGUAGACGCUCCCAUCCGACUCGCUGUGUCGCUCUUAUUGGCCUUGUCAUUAUUACUGCUGUAGACUCUAUGCCUUGUGCAUCUCGCAACCAAACACGAGCUAAUCUCAUCGCUUCACCUCCACAGUGGUUAUCCUGCUGGGCUGCCAUUUAAUCUUCAGUCUCAACCGUCGGCCAUCAUCACCCUUACCAAUGUGUCCUGGCCCAUGCCCACAGUCAAUAUGAUGUCUCUUAUUUGUAUUUGUUCUCCAAUCAGUCUGUUGAUCUUUGCCUUCCUCUCAGUUGAAUUCCAAGCAUGCAUCUCUCCAUGCUUCUCUGCAUAUGCUGCAUCUUGUUUUAUUUAUGUAAUCAGUGUAUUUACAAUCUAUUUGUAGCAGCUAACAUGCAUUCUUUGAAAACUGUAUUCUUUUGGCAGAUGGGUAGGUUUCUAUUCAUUAUCAAGCAUAGAUUUUCAAAAGUACCCCAACCUGCUCUCGAUCGCCACCAUUUUCAUCCCGGUGUGUCUUCAACAAUCGGUAUGUUUUCCAGUUGUCUCCCUCCAACAGUUACCCGAAUUGGUCUAGUGCUCAUUCAUUUUGAGCACAACUUUUCAACUUUAAACAUUUAUCGUUAAGAUUCUUGUGACACCGAGGACAUCGCGCUUGGUUGUUUGGUCGCUGCUAGAAUGAGCAAGAAAGGCAGCGAGAGACUCGGGACUCCGUCUCCACAAUCGGACGGAUUGUCACCAUGUGAUGUAUGGCCCCAUUGGUGUCGUCUGCAUCCCUCGGUCUGCAGGGUCUGUCGUCUUGGGUACGUCUCCCUCGAUGUAGUGUCACACGCCCACACCAGACGCCCCAGCAGUAUGUAUGACCUUGUUGUAGUGCAGAAUGUACAUUCGUGAUGUACUGGACUCGUGAUGAGAGUGCGUGACAACAAACGUUCAGACGUAGACUGGGAUGUGCUCGUAAGCGUGAUGUGCAAUCGUGUGCAAAGUGAAACACGGGCCUACCUGUGUUGACUUCAUUGUUGUGUGCUUGACACUGAGUUGUGCUGUAUUUCAUUGUCUCUUUAAUGUAUUAUUAAUGCAGUGUUGUUUUUUUCCGUGACCUAAUUAACGGAGCGAGAUGGAAUCGCUCGCUGCGAUUGCUCGCUCCACACUCCGAUUGCUCGCUCCAUACUCCGAUUGCUCGCUCCACACUUCGACCGGCCUUUUAGUCCGCGUCAGUCUUCUCCGUGGUUGGGACUGGAAGGCUGCAAUGUGGGCAACAAGAUCGAUUGCCUGCCGAUCUAGAGGGCUCUUUUGUGCCCGACAGCUAGCCAUUAAUAUUAUUAUUCCUACUACUACGCUUGUUUACCCAACAAAGCCCAAUUGAGUCGCUUUCAGGAGGGUGCUGCCAAGCAUUCACAGUAAAGAGCGAUGCUUGCUAUGUAUCAUCCCAAUUUGGCCAAUUUGGACCAUGACGAACAGUUUGAACCAUGUUGUGGCCUAGUGAAAUAUAUGCCCUCUCCAAGUCGAGGCACAGUGUCCCGUGCUCAAAUGGAGGGCAGCACACUUUGCAUUGGUGGUGGAAAGUCUACAUUCCUGUGGCAGGAGCCCGUCUUUCUGUAGGAUAGCCACUUGACUUACCAGGAAGUGAUACUCUCUUUAUCGAUACUGGAAGAAUUGAUGAUGGGCUACGCUCCACUCCCUGAGAAGUAUUUGAACUCGCAAUCUCGUGAUGGUGAGUGAAGGGGCCUGACCACUGAUAAGUUACUCUGGCCGUUAAAAAAGUUGUACAAUCAAACUGCAGCAACUGCCAUGAGCCUAUCUGCACAGGGCUUUGGGGACACUCCCAGAGGUGGCCUUUGAGAAAUGCACAUUGUGAUUGCUGCUAUGAAUACUAUUAUUUAUAGUCGUGAAGAUGUAACUGUAACGGGAGUGAAUAACAAAGUACAAAAAAGUAAUUCCUGCUGGUAUUGGUCAUCACUGAUAAGGGAAUGUGUUUUGUGGGUUUUGCUAUUUUAUAUAUAACUUGAUGCUUUGGUUGGACUGCGCGACACUUUAUAUUGGGCCUGUGGUCACAGCAGUCACUUGCGCUGCAUCUUUACAUGAGUCAUUUUAUUUUUGUAUGCGUGUUUAGUUAUGUAUUUGUAAAAAAAAGUGUGCAAAAAAAGUGAAUUAGAUACAUCUUUAAAGCUUCACCCAAUGGGGCCGACCGAGUCCUGUGCCUGGAUGAAUGCAGACGCAUGUCUGCCCGAAUUUAUUUUUGUAAUCCUGAUGAAAAUUACGUGCAAGCACUUAAUAUCUGCACGAGGUCUGGCCCUUGGUUUAACUCGUAAAAGCAACUGCCAUGCAUUCAGAUGGGUCACAAGUGAAUUCCAUUUUCCACUGCACUGGUGUUUUGUUUUAUCCUGAAGUGCAUCGAAUUUACAUGCUGGAGAAAGUUCUGCGAUUUUCUAUCCGUGUCAUCUCAUGUCUCUUAAAGGGUUUGUGAGGUUCUCUCCUGCAGAGCAAGGGGGUGUGUGAACAAGGUAACGGUAUCUGCAGUGUGAAUGCGAUGCGGCACGGGUGUCAACGUGUAGUUGAUCAGUUUAGCAUGUAUACAGGUGAAUGUCCUUGCACAUACAAGUGAGGGGCUGAUGCUGUAAAUGUGCAUUACGCAGGUGAAUAGGGAAACUGCAGGUUUUUAAUGCCUGGUUUUGCUGCAUUUUUUUUAUAUUGACAUUUGAGAAUCCAAAUGUCAUCUUCACAAAUUGUCUGUGAACAAACGUUCAGAUUUCUUCACUGUUUAUUAUAUACUCGUCAUGUUUAUUGUUAUUACAAUGUUAUAUUUUUCAAUGAAAUGUUCGUCAGGAAAUUUCUACCGCUGUUGAGAGAUUUGACGUUUUGAGUUCUUGUUUUAGGAUGUGUGGCUUUCACAAAUUUGCGUGAAUAAAGUCAUGAAGUGACA